AUGGGGCUCAUGUGCAGCAGUCAGAGUUGGGAAGGAGGCAAAGAACAUCUUGAGGGUAGGAACCCGGUAGGUUCAGAAAACCCCAGUGAUGUUUUCCGGUUCCUGGUGGAAGAACGCACACAAUGCUGCCAGUCCAGAAAGGUCCGCUAUGCAGAGAGGGUGGACUAUAUCAUGCAGUUACCUGUUGCCAUGGAGGCAGCAACAAAUAAAGAUGAAUUAAUCGCCUACGAAUUGAAGAGGCGAGAAGCAGAAGCUGCAAGGAGACCUCCACCAGAGCUCGUCCGUGCCAAGAUCCCCUUCAGUGCCUGUCUGCAGGCCUUUUCUGAACCAAGCAACGUCGAGGAUUUCUGGAGCAGUGCCCUUCAAGCAAAAUCUGCAGGAGUUAAGACUUCUCGUUUUGCUUCAUUUCCUGAGUACUUAGUGGUGCAGAUAAAGAAAUUCACCUUUGGCCUCGACUGGAUACCCAAAAAGCUUGACGUUUCUGUAGACAUGCCAGAUUUUCUAGAUAUCAGCCACCUUCGGGCCAAGGGUCUCCAGCCAGGAGAAGAGGAACUUCCAGACAUUGCUCCUCCCAUUAUCAUUCCUGAUGACCCAAAAGAUCGAAUGACAAACCAUUUCGUGGAGUCUCUAGAUAUCGAUGACUCUUCGGUUAUGCAACUGGCGGAGAUGGGUUUUCCUUUGGAGGCCUGUCGGAAAGCUGUGUACUACACAGGCAACCUGGGUGCUGAAGUGGCUUUCAACUGGAUCAUUGCACACAUGGAAGAUCCAGACUUUGCUGAGCCAUUGGUCGUACCUGCAUUUGGAGAAGAUGCUUCCAGUGGAGCAGCUGCGUUUGGAGGUGUUGGGCUAGAUAACCAACCUCCCGAAGAGAUGGUUGCCAUUAUCAUUUCCAUGGGCUUCCAAAGGGAUCUAGCAAUUCAAGCGCUGAAGGCAACGAACAAUAAUUUGGAGCAUGCACUGGAAUGGAUCUUCAGCCACCCCGAACUGGAGGAAGAAAGUGAGCCUGCUCUGGACAUGAUGAACAUGGUGAACAACACUAAUGCCAAUGUCCUCGCAGAGACAGGGUCAGAGGGACCCAGGAUCAAAGACGGGCCUGGAAGGUACGAGCUGUUUGGGUUCAUCAGCCACAUGGGAACAUCCACAAUGAGCGGCCACUACGUUUGUCAUCUCAAAAAGGAGGGAAGAUGGGUGAUCUACAAUGACCUUAGAGUCUGUGCCUCAGAACGACCUCCCAAAGACCUGGGCUACAUUUAUUUUUACCACAGGAUACCAAGUUAGGCCUCGAAUCUAUUACCUGGCCUUAAGAAGCCAUAAGCCUUUUUAACCUGCCUAAAAAAGCGUACAAUAAAAAAGAAAAUCUAAAACCAACAAAAGACCCCUAACUCUUGGACUGCCAAAAAGCAAAGGAAAACAUGGGAUAUUUAUAGUUUAUUUAAAAACAGUCAUUUGAUGCUGCCUUAAGUGUUAGAGGGAAAAUUUCUAUUAGGUGAUGUAUAGUAUGUUGUUUUAAAUUUAUACACCUUAAAGACCAUGCAGAUUACUGGUGGAGUUUGCAGCAGUAUAUGGAUAAAACAGAAGUUUCAGAAUUGAACAAAAAUAGCCCAGUUCAGCCCAGCUCCUGCCUGUUCUGUCCGUGGAUCCACUGAAGACCAGGAAGAAAUAUUUGCAUCUUUGGGAAAUGUGUUUUCACCCAGAGUUCAGACCAUUUAGAGGAAUCACAUCACAUACAAAGUUGGAGGGAGGGAGGGUGUGAGUGUUCUCCAAAGCAGAAUGUCUUAUUUGAGAGAUUAUUUUCGGUACAGUGAGAAAAGUCAACUUAAGUUCUAUCUCUUGCAAUUCAGUAUUUUGGUUUGUCUUUUUGAUGCAUAAACCUAAGAUACUAAUGGAGAUGGAAGCAAUCUCCUGUCAGUGCCCUGUACGUUUUCUGCCAAAGAAAAAUAGUAGAUUUUAUUUUUGCAGACAUAAUUUCCUUCAUCUUCUUUUGAAUGUUUGUUUUGCAGGUUUUCCCUACAGAUUCAGGAUUACAGAUGGCUAAAAGAAGCAGACUAUAAAAUUAAAUGCAUGCCCUCAGGAAAGGCAAGGCUAUUAUUUGAAUUUUAUUUUCUUAUGAAGGAGGUAAAGAAGGGGUUAAUGUCCCAUUAUAUUUAUUUCAGGGAAAUUUGCAUCUAGACCCACUCACAUUCCAGCUGAAAUCAACUCCCUGACAAAGUACUCGCAGUGCAAUUCUGCUUUCUGCCAAAGGUUGAUUAAAUAUUUAGUUCCAUCCAUGAAGGGGGCUAAUUGCUUAGUAAAAUUGCUGAGUUAUUGAUUUGCCACACUCUCCUCCCUCCCCUUAAAAAAAAACCCAACCAAACAAAUAGCAACAACGACAAAACCCAAACAACAAACAAAAACCCACCUUGAAAUGAUGUUUCAGCUUUUUUAAAACUUGCAAACACACCAAUAAUCUGAUCUCUUCAACAGAAACCUUCUAAAGGGGUUUAUCUCUGGCAGGGAUGAAGGGGUGCGUAGGUAAGGGCUGGCCUUUCCUGUCUCUAUUUUUUUUUUUGGGUGUUAAUUCAGUUUGUGUCACGGACGAGAAUAUGUAUGUGGGCUUUUAAAUUGUAUUUGAAAACACUAAUUAUAGAAAAAUGGUGAGUGCGAAACCUUUCAUGAUUCCAAAACACCCCCAACCCUUAGAGACUGUUGCCGGAGUUGCCUCAUAUAACCUUACUGAGCCCUCAAAAUAUAUUGAAACAGUCAAAAAAAAAAAAAAAGGUCCUCUUUAGAGAGUGCAAGGGAGGCAGGGAGGUGUAAUUCCAUUUUCUCUGCAGUCAGUGCCUGCAAGUUUAAUAGCAAAAUUGAGGCAGCCACACGCUACAGAAGAGAACCCAAACUAAAAAUCCGGUUGUGCGUAGGGCAUUUUAUUUUUUCCAGCCUUUGGGGGAAAAUAGUUUUCCCUCUGGUCAUAUAUCCUUAUGCAAAGCCAAAAAACACUGUUGGUUUUUUUUUUUUUUUUUUUAAAUAAUGAGAGAAAUUCUAGUGCAAUAAUUCUGUCGAGUGUAAAUGGUGCCUAAUUGCUGGGAAAGCUUCCUGCACUUAGUGCUCUUACUGACACACGGACCUGCGUCUGAGGUUCAGCUGCCUCCGAAUUACUGAGCCACCAGCUCUGGGCAAAAUAAAAACUGCCAGUGGUUUUUUUUCUCUCCUUCCUUCAGGCUUUGAGCAUUUGUGUAUUUCACCAGAAAAUGCCAGAUUUGAAAACAGGAUCAGGAAAUUAUGCGGUGAUACACCUUCUAUUUAAAGAGAAAGAACAAAACUUCUGUAUAUCUACGUUCGUGCCUUUUCAUUCUGGCUGUAGAAAAAGGACAAAAGGCCUCUCUCUUUUUUAAAUUUUUUUCUUUUUAAAGUUUUUUGAAUGCCCAGUUAUAUUCCAAGGAAGUCAAAAACAACAGCUUCCCUCCUGCCUCGUGAACUUAAAGGGCUAUUUAUAAACUAACAAGGUUCUGGUGGCCACUGCCUUUUUAUUUAGAAGCCUCAGGUGAAUAAAGGCCGAUGGGGUUGGAUCUUCUAAAAUUUAACAUGUGAAAAUAUGUUAAAGUUCUUCAGCUGUUUGAGGAUUUAUUUUCUCCCAAAGUAGUGCCUUCCCUUUUUCAACUCAGUUCACUUUGUGGUGGGAUGUGUGUGAAGAACAUCUAAACAGGAUCAGGAUCUAAACUCCUGCCUCUUCAGUGGGGGAGAGGAGUUUGGGCAUUUUGGUUUAUUUGGGUAUUUUUUUUUUAAACUGCAGUGUGCAGAAGCCACAACCAAACAGACUGUAAUAAAUAAAUGACUAAUUUAUUGGGCUUUACUUGCUCAGAAGCACUGUGUCUCGUUACUGUAAGAGCUGGGGGGGGGUUAGGCGUGCUGGGAACUUCUCGACAAAAAAUCACUGUGAGGUGUGUGAGACAAUUGGACCUGAGAAUUAUGGAAAGCCAGAAGAAGAGCAAAUAAUUCUCUGAUGUCUUGACCUGAUUUUUACUUUUCCAUAGGAUACAUUGAGGUUAGGAGAAGGGAAGGAAGAAAAACUCAACAACUUUUCCUCAUUUUCCUUUUCCUGCCUCAUUCCUAGCACUGUGCUGCAUCCAGUACCCACCUCAUUCCGAGUCACAAUCUCCAGUCUCCAAAAGACAUGUAGACACCAACUCCUAUCCAAUCUUCCUAGCUAAAAUAUAAUUAGGAUGAAAAAAUUAAUUUAUUCAAAGCUGUGGUUUAAAAACAAGCCUAGAUGGUUUUGGACUAGUCGCUUGUAAUUCUGCUGGGUUCAGUGGCAUCACUUUGGUGUAACCGAAACCAGAAUCGGUCCCUUUUCUCUGUCUCAGGCAGCCUCCCUGGGGUUGGGGGGCACCUUCCCAACACGGGCACAACCAGAGCUCGUUCCAUGGAUUUAGAAGCCUCUCCAAUUCAUUCCUUUUGUUCUCCAUCCUGGCAGCAGCCAGUUUUAUCUUCUCUGCUGUUUUCAUGCGUUUGGUUCUUCUCCCAUCACCCUUCCUACCUUAAUGGCUGAGAGCUGUUUCUGAUUUUUAUUCUCUCUUGGGUUGUUUUACUGCUGUAUCCUGGGAGUGUCUGUACUGGUUCACUGUGCACCAUUCAGAGUUGUUUGCUUGAAGCACUGUUAACAUUAUGGAGAGUAUUUGUCUGAGAUGAGAAAGGUUGUGAAUGACGUUGUUGCAACUGUUUUAAAUUAAAAGGAAAUAUUCUCACA